AUGAACUAUAAAUAGCGCCUCACAACGACUUCGCGAUGUUGUCAUGGUAAUUAAUCAGGGACGAUUACUGUGUUGUCUCGUUAUGGAGUCGAUCUGCCGGGUCGUCCUGGUUGGUUCCAGAAAAUAAAUUGCCUUUAAGGGAGAGGUUCCACUUGGAAAGUUCCUCUCGUUCCGUGAACUCAGUUUAGCACCAGCGGAAAAGCAUGCCAAGGAGACGAAAAAGACUUUCCAGCUCCACUGAGGCCAGAAACCCAAACAAAGCGAUGAGAAGCCAAAAUAUGACAACCGGUCAAAGGAUAAAGUCUUUUCUCCUCCGACGUCUGUACGGACGCGUGCGCGAGCGCGUGGCCUUCACGUUGCUGCUGACCAUUGGGUUCGUGUCCGUGGCCCUGCACUACCCACGCGGACGUGCACAUGCGCUCGACGUUGUGGUCGUCAGCCUGCUGUACGGCGCCUGGUUCGCGAUGGGUGUGCCCAAACUUCUGUCCUACCUGAGCCCGGCCUUUGUGAGCCAGGCCAUUGAUGUGACUGUCAAGGUUUUCUUUGCCGAUGCACUAGUCCUGACUUACGCUCUGUAUCGGGGCCACGCCAACUUGCUGUUCAAGCCAACCACAUCUGAUGGACCUAGUCCCGUCCUCGACGGCAGCACCAAGGCCGGGUGGGAUUUGGGGUGGCUAGGGCAUGUUGGGUACAACCUGAGAAUGGCUACCAUCGCCUCCUGCGGCCUCAUCUCCAUCGUCUCCCACGUUCUUGACUACCUUCAGAGGCGGAUGUGACGUCAACUGACUGGGGCUGGUGAUCUUCGGGUCUCCGCGACUCGCAUGCUCAGAAUAUUUCUGUUUGUUUCUUACGUUGUCGGUAGAAGGCUUGCCGUCAUUUUUGCAGUCGCUCUACUUAAGUUGACAAUACAAUACAAAAGCUGCGCCAACAUCGCAUCCGAGACCGAUUCAACAUAUGUGUGUAAAUGUGUGUUUUCGUGCGUGCGUGAGUGCAUGCGUGCGUCCGUGUGUGUCGCAUUUACGAAAUUCAGAGAAUAGCAAUUUGCAAAAACAAAAAACAAACAACAGUCACGCAAUUUUCG